UGCUUUUAAGAAAUCACUUUCAAGACUCGGGGGGGAAAGGUGGGCUCCUCAUUCCCUGUCCUUGAAGUGGGAAUUCCUUCUCCAAGUUUGAGUCAACCAGGAGAUGGCGCUGUGACCCGCCGUCGCCGGAGAGCUGGGCGGAAGUGCAGAGGCGGGAUCGCCCGGAACGGAGCGGCAGUUCCGCGAUGCGCAUGCGCACACCUCCACAUCCGGGCAUCGCCGUCAAGCAGCACCCCCUCCCUACCAAGCCUCCGCCCCAGACGACGGGAAGCGGAAGUGAGUCCUGGGUAGCCUCGUGUCUCUUAGCAACGCCCAGGAUCACCUGACGGAACCAGCUGACUCCGGUGCGGGAAGGCUCAGUGGGCGGCCGGGACUGGAUCCGUGGUGGCCGCCACGAUCGCCCGGCGGACGACCGGAGCCCGACAGUCCUCAUCAGCAUGUCGGGCAAAGACCGAAUUGAGAUCUUCCCCUCGCGGAUGGCACAGACCAUCAUGAAGGCGCGACUGAAAGGAGCACAGACAGGCCGAAACCUGCUGAAGAAGAAGUCUGACGCGCUGACUCUGCGGUUCCGCCAAAUCCUGAAGAAGAUAAUAGAGACGAAAAUGUUGAUGGGUGAAGUGAUGAGAGAAGCUGCCUUUUCACUAGCCGAGGCCAAAUUCACAGCAGGAGACUUCAGCACCACAGUUAUCCAAAAUGUAAAUAAAGCCCAGGUGAAGAUUCGGGCAAAGAAAGAUAAUGUAGCAGGUGUCACUCUGCCGGUGUUUGAGCACUACCAUGAAGGAACUGACAGUUAUGAACUCACUGGUUUAGCCAGAGGUGGGGAACAGUUGGCCAAAUUAAAGAGGAAUUAUGCCAAAGCAGUGGAAUUACUGGUCGAACUAGCCUCUUUGCAGACUUCCUUUGUCACUCUGGAUGAAGCGAUUAAGAUAACCAACAGGCGUGUCAAUGCCAUUGAGCAUGUCAUCAUUCCUCGGAUUGAACGUACCCUUGCGUAUAUCAUCACGGAGCUGGACGAGAGAGAACGAGAAGAGUUCUACAGGUUAAAGAAAAUACAGGAGAAGAAGAAAAUCCUCAAGGAAAAAUCCGAGAAAGACUUGGAACAACGGCGAGCAGCCGGAGAGGUGAUGGAGCCUGCCAAUCUGCUGGCUGAGGAGAAGGACGAGGAUCUUCUGUUUGAGUAAUCUUUCCUGCCUUGGUUCUUUGAGGAACCUAACAGUGACU